AUGUUCCGCGAUGCCGAUGCCCCUGUGGCAGGGUUGUUUGACUCUUUCUACCGAUCCAUACCGACUUCUGGAGCAUCCUUAUUAGUGCUUUUGGUUGUUGUGUGGUAUCUAAAGUCGUGGUACAGGUUGCGACACUUUCCUGGCCCCUUCCUCAACUCCGUCUCAAUCGCACCCAUGAACUUUAUGACCCUCGGCCCUUUGAUACGCGUUGGUCCAAACGAGGUCUUGUUCGGUGACGCCGACAGCUACCGCAUCAUCUAUGCGGUUCGUUCGGACUUCACAAAGGGCCCUUGGUAUGCCCUGUCCAAGUUUGUUCCGGAUCAGCACAGCUUGUUCUCACUGCGAGACGACGCAAAACGGAAAGACUUGAAGGCCAAGUUGAGUCCAGCAAUCCGCAUGACCAUGCUCAGUCUCUUCAACACGCCAGCAGCCUUGAGCUAUCUCCGUCACGAAAUGACCACCGGACUUGCUAAGGGACUCAUUAGUUCCCCAAGCCGCGAUGCAGAGGCUCGCCGGCUUCCUUACCUACAGGCGGUGAUUAAAGAAGGGCUGCACAUGUAUCCACCAACUACGGGUCUCAACUACAAGCAAGUCGCCAAGAGAGGUACCGAACUUUGUGGAAAGUUUCUGCCAGAGGGGACCCAGCUGGGUGUUAAUAUACAGAAGUUAAUGCGAUCGAAGGAGACUUUCGGACCAGACGCGGACAUUUUCAGACCGGAGCGCUGGCUGGAGGCUGUUAAGAAUGAGGAGCGCUUAAGAGAAAUGACCGCUGUGGUUGACCUGGCUUUCGGCCAUGGCCGAUUCCAGUGCCUCGGGAAGACAAUUGCGAACAUGGAGUUGAAUAAGAUAUUUGUCGAGCUGCUGCGAAGAUUCGAUUUUGCAGUCGUUACUCCACAGAAGCCUCUUGUUUUGUACGAUGCCGCAUUUUGGGUGACAACUGAUUUUUGGUUGCGUGUGACCGAGAGACAAGAACAGCCGAGUGGAUCAAAAUGA